AUGUCUGAUAACGCACAGGAUACACUAAAAGAAGCAGCAGCGACAGCCGUUGUUAGUGGGUCGCUAUUCAGCACAUUUGAUAUUAUCAUGCUUGUCCUUUUAUUGGCAGCAACUGUGUGGUGGUUAUACAGUUCCAGAAAAGAAAAUAAAAAAGAUGAAAUUCUACUCAGCAAAUAUUCAAUACAGCCGGCUGGAUCUAUACAAAUAAUAGAAAACUCGUUUAUUAAAAAGUUGCAAACAUCUGGAAGAAGCCUUGUAGUUUUCUACGGGUCACAAACUGGUACUGGUGAGGAAUUCGCUAGUCGCCUCGCAAAGGAGGGCAUCCGGUACAAAAUGAAGGGCAUGGUCGCUGAUCCCGAAGAAUGUGAUAUGGAAGAACUCAUAAAAUUGCCAGGCAUUCCAAAUUCAUUGGCUGUUUUCUGCAUGGCCACCUACGGUGAAGGAGAUCCCACUGACAAUGCCAUGGAAUUUUACGAUUGGUUGAAAAAUGGUGACCCAGACCUUACAGGAUUAAACUAUGCGGUAUUUGGCUUGGGCAAUAAGACAUAUGAACAUUACAACGCAGUUGCCAUCUAUUUGGACAAGCGUCUUGAGGAACUUGGUGCUACUCGGGUAUAUGAACUUGGACUGGGAGAUGACGAUGCAAACAUUGAAGAUGAUUUUAUCACUUGGAAAGAUAAGUUUUGGCCAGCUGUUUGUGAGAAGUUCAACAUUGAAAGUGCAGGGGAAGAGGAGCUGACAAGGCAGUUUCAACUUGUGGUACAUAAGCCUGAGGAACUAACUCCUAAUCAAAUAUUUACUGGUGAAAUUGCUAGACUACAUUCACUUCAAGUUCAGAAGCCACCUUACGAUGCAAAGAAUCCUUUCUUAGCACAAAUUAAAGUAAAUAGAGAAUUGCACAAAGGAGGUGACCGGUCAUGUCUUCAUGUGGAGCUUGAUAUUUCAGACUCAAAGAUGCGAUAUGAAGCUGGUGAUCAUGUUGCAAUAUACCCAAUCAAUGACAGGGAUUUAGUUGAACGUCUUGGAGUAUUGACUGGCGCAAAUCUAGAUGAAAUAUUUUCGCUUAUAAAUACUGACCAAGAGAGUAGCAAAAAACAUCCCUUCCCAUGCCCCACAUCAUAUCGCACUGCUCUUUCUCACUACCUAGAAAUUACAGCUCUACCUCGUACUCACAUUCUAAGGGAACUUGCUGAGUACUGCUCUGAUGAAGAGGACAAGAAGAAACUGCUACUUAUGGCAACUAACUCUCAGGAAGGUAAAGCCCUGUACCACUCAUUUAUAAUGGAUGCAUGUAGGAAUAUUGUACAUAUUUUGGAAGAUCUCAAAUCUUGUAAACCACCUAUCGAUCAUAUUUGUGAACUACUACCUCGUCUUCAGCCAAGAUAUUAUUCAAUUUCAUCAAGUCCGAAGCUUCACCCAGAGACAGUGCACAUCACGGCUGUAGUGGUUGAAUAUAAGACGCCGACGGGUCGCACUAACAAGGGCGUGGCGACUACGUGGUUAGCCAAACAUAAGCCGGAACCUGGCAAGCCACUUCCACGAGUACCUGUUUAUAUCCGUAAAUCUCAAUUCAGGUUGCCUUUACAAACACAAACCCCAAUACUUAUGGUAGGUCCUGGGACAGGUUUGGCGCCAUUCCGAGGCUUUUUGCAGGAACGCGCUCACGCCCGUACCAAAGGACAAGAAGUUGGUGCCAACAUUUUGUACUUUGGAUGCAGACAUCGUAGUCAGGAUUAUAUCUAUCAAGAGGAACUUGAAGAGUAUGAAAGGAAUGGCGAUGUAAAACUCAAUGUUGCGUUCUCUCGGGACCAAGCUCAAAAAGUUUACGUCACUCAUUUACUUGAAAAAAAUAUGGAUGAAUUAUGGGAUGUAAUAGGAAAUCGUAAUGGACAUUUCUAUAUUUGCGGGGACGCUAAAAACAUGGCAGUAGACGUCCGUAACAUUGUACUGAAAGCGAUACAAGAAAAGGGUGGUCGUACAGAAUCGGAGGCCCUUCAAUUCCUGAAGAAGCUUGAGUUUAUGAAGAAAUAUUCAUCUGACGUAUGGAGCUAA